CUAAAGGCCUUCGAUGAUGAAAUCAAUGCUUUUUUGGAUUAUAUGUUUGGGCCUCGAGAUUCCCGAGUCAGAGGGUGGUUCAUGUUGGACUCUUACCUGCCUACCUUUGUUCUUACUGUCAUAUAUUUGCUUUCAAUAUGGCUGGGUAACAAAUACAUGAAGAACAGACCUGCUUUUUCUCUCAGGGGAAUCCUCACCUUGUAUAAUCUUGGAAUCACACUUCUCUCCGCCUACAUGUUAAUAGAGCUCAUUCUCUCCAGUUGGGAAGGAGGCUACAACUUACAGUGUCAAGAUCUCACCAGCGCUGGGGAAGGCGAUAUCAGGGUAGCCAAGGUGCUAUGGUGGUACUACUUCUCCAAAUUAGUAGAGUUCCUGGACACAAUUUUCUUUGUUUUGCGAAAAAAGACAAAUCAGAUCACUUUCCUUCAUGUCUACCAUCAUGCCUCCAUGUUUAACAUCUGGUGGUGUGUCUUGAACUGGAUACCCUGUGGACAGAGUUUCUUUGGACCAACACUGAACAGCUUUAUCCACAUUCUAAUGUACUCCUAUUAUGGACUCUCUGUGUUUCCAUCCAUGCACAAGUACCUUUGGUGGAAGAAAUACCUCACACAGGCUCAGCUGGUGCAGUUCCUGCUCACCAUCACCCACACGCUGAGUGCCGUUGUGAAGCCCUGUGGCUUCCCCUUUGGUUGCCUCAUCUUCCAGUCCUCCUAUAUGAUGACACUAGUCGUCCUGUUCUUAAAUUUUUAUGUUCAGACAUACCGAAAAAAGCCAAUGAAAAAAGACAUGCAAGAGCUGCCUGCAGGAAAAGAAGUCAGAAAUGGUUUUUCCAAAGCCUGCUUCGCCGAAGUGAAUGGAGUGAUAAGCAAGAAAGCCCAAUGACAGAGUGACAGGGAACGCAUGCCUGGCAUCAGCCCAACAAGUCCGCUUGUUUUAAAGCAAAGACUGAAUUGAAAGUUGUAUGUUUUAGCAUAAACUAAUUUCUUCUGAGUUUAUAAAAUCAUUUGUACCAGAAUGUAUUAAUAUAUUGCUACUAGGUUAAUCCAUUAAUGCUUUGGUCAGCAUCGAGGCGAUGCUGGACCCUGAAACUUCAGAGCAGAUGCCCCCUCCCUCCGUGCAGACUCACCCUUCCUAGGUGCACUCUGUAACGCCACACACACGUCCAAGGCCAGGAGGUGUGGGGCACUGUCAUUCAUGGCAAGUCUUCAAGUGGAGUGUUGUUCAGAUUAAACUGUCAAACAAAACGUUGUAUUGUAAAUAUCGACAUGAUCUAAUAUGCAGUAAGCAAUAAUCGUCAGUGCACAAAGGAAUCAACCACAGAAAAUAUUAAAAUGGGAUCAGAAAGUGAAGACAAAAAUCUAGUCAAACCUCUCAGGCCAGAGCCUUGU